AAUUGUCUUUCUUCUUGUUCUUUUUUUUUUUUUGUUUUUUAUUUUUUACUUUUUUUUUUUGACGAAACAAUAUUUAUAAAUUUAAUGAUAACUCACUUGCUCGAGCAAGAGCACCUCGUUCAUUUAUAGUAGGUUUUAUUGGCCGUUCUGUAGUAGUAGUAGUAGUAGUAGUAGUAGUAGUGGUAGUAGUAGUAGUAGUUGAUGUUGUACCACGAUUUAAUUGUUCAUCCUUAGGGCAACAUACAAUCGGAUCGAAAUUCGAAAAUCCACAAAUAUUUUCAGGUGGUUUACCGGAUAGUAACUCGUUAUACACGACAGUACAUUUUAUUAAAACUGUACAAACACCGUCCUUUCCGUUUGUCGAGCAUCGACUUCCUGAAAAAUGAAAAAGUAAAAAGAUAAAUAAAAAAAAAAAAAAAAAAAAAAAAAAAAAAAAAUGUAACCACAAGGAACGUGCUAUGAUUAAAAAAAAAAAAAAAAAAAGAAAAAACUUUGAUCCUCGAUAAUUCUUAAUUGGACUUAAUUCUUAAUUUUUCCAAGUAAGAAAAAGAAACGAGGAAAAAAAAAUAUAUGUAUAUAUAAUAUAUAUAUAUAUGUGUGUGUAUGUGUAUAUACACACACAUACACACGUUGAUUAAUAUUUAUUCAACGUUAUCGCAAAUUGAAAGUUGAUGAUAUCUUUACAGUUGUGCAAGUAGUAUAAGGCAUAAAAGUAAAUGGACAAAAAAUUUUUCUCAAAUAAAUCCUUUUAAACAUCUCUCUUUUCGAUUGCAUACCAUUUUGAAUUAUAAAUUAUAGAAAAAGAAAAAGGAAAGAAUAUUGACAAAAUUUUGAAUUGAUAAACGAUUCACGUUUAUCACGAAUAUGAAAUAAUCUGGGAAAAAAGGAAUCUUUCUUAAACUUGCGUGACUUUAUGUUCUAAUAAAAAAAAAAAAAAAAAAAAAAAAAAAAAAAGAAGGAAAAAAAGAAAAGAAAAAAGUAAAGAAAAAAAGUAAACUCGUGCGAUCUCGCACGAUCUCGCACAAUAUUAUUUUUCUCGGAAUAUAAAAGAAUAAUUCUUACCUUCGUAAAGUUGUCCCUGUGCACGAUGAAAGAUCAAGAUAAAAUGAACGAUAAUAUUGAUCGAUGUUAAAGUCACGAAAGACAUUUUCAUGGAAGACAAGAGAAUUAAAUUCGCACAAACGUCAAAUUCUAUCUUUCUCUUUCUCUCUCUCUCUCUUGUUCACUUCUUCCGUUGGAAAGUUGCUUCCAAGUCGUAGCAAUCGGUCGUUACUACUGUUAUUUCUGCUACAACUUCUUCCUUAUUAACCUUGGUAACAUUCCUAUUUGCCCCACCACGAUUCCGGCAUUGGAGGAGAUAUAAAACAUCAUUCGUAACACAGGAUGGUAGGAGAAUAGAACGUGCGUAUCAGUAAUCGGUAUUUUAAAUGACGACAGUGCUUUAAUCUUUCUUAUGGAUCAUCCAUUUAUACAAAACUUACCUUUUCUGUUUCUAUCAUAAUUUCCUCGUUUGAAAAUUUCUGACGUCUAUACGUCAGGUCUUCUUUUUUCCUUCUUCUUUUUUUGUCUCUCUUUAUCUUUUGCCUAAUAUCCUACGAUCUCUUCCUUUUUUCCUUUCUAAUAAAGUGGAAGGGGAAGGGCAAAAAUGAGAAAAAAGAAAAAACUUUCGAGGAAGAAUAUACAACCUUCACAGAUAUAUAUCUCGAGAGCAUGAACUACGGUACAGUGAUAUUGUUCGCUAUCCAACGAUAUGGAUCUUCGACGACAAUUUUUAUCGACCGUCAUUGUUUUCUUUUUCGCAUUACAUUGGAAGAUAUUGUUCAUCGUUGCGAUUGCCCGAAAAAGUGAAAAGAAAUGCGAGGAAUACGGCAAACUGGUUUAUGAAAUUGAACCUUCGCCCGUUCUUCGAAUCGGAGCCGGUUUCAAUGUUGUUUCUCGUUGUGCUAUCGUCGGGACACCAUUGAUCGUUGGUGGUAUUAAAGCUAAAAUGGCCGAAUUCCCGCAUAUGGCUGUAAUUGGAUUUGGUAGGAACUUAUCAGAUGUGUCAUGGUUAUGCGGAGGAAGUAUUAUUUCGGAGAGAUAUAUCUUAACCGCAGCUCACUGUUUGGAAUCACGCGACAAUGGACCGGCAUUAAUGGUACGAGUGGGUACGACGAAUUUAGAGAUAAAAGAGGAUAGCUUGCAAGAGAGAAAAAUAAUACGUAGAAUAAAACAUCCGGAUUAUAAAUUGCCAGCUAAAUAUCACGACUUGGGUUUGAUAGAAUUGAAUAAACCUUUGGAAUUAAAUCCAAAUGUUAGGCCAGCCUGUCUCGAGAUGAGUUUUCAACCACCGGGAAAGCAAGCUAUAGCAACUGGAUUUGGUAGAACGUCUUACGGUGAAAUGUCGACGAACAAGGAUCUAAUGAAAGUCCAAUUGGAUUAUAUAAACGAAGAAUCCUGUAAGAAACGAUAUCAAUUCGAUUUAGGCCGUCGUUAUUUGCCCGAUGGAUUUAUACAAAAUUUUCUAUGCGCCGGAAUGAUGGAGGGUGGUAAGGAUACUUGUCAGGGCGACAGUGGCGGCCCACUACAAAGAGUACUUGAACAUCCUUAUUGCACUUAUAGCAUCGUCGGAGUAACGAGUUUCGGAAAAUUUUGCGCAAUGAAAAAUUCACCGGCCAUAUACACACGAGUCAGUUCAUAUUUGGAUUGGAUCGAAUCGAUUGUUUGGCCAUAAUAAUGAAUGAUCAUUAUGGAUCGAAAGGAAAACGCAAUUAUUCGUUAUUUUUUUUUUUUUUUCUUUUAUUUCUUUUAUUUUUCUUUUCUUUUAUUAUUGCAAGAACUUCCUUUUAGCCUUCUUGUAUUUUUAACGUAUUUACAAAUUCGAUUCCCAUAAUAUAAGCAUGCAUACAAAUAACGU